UCCUCCGUGCCCUAUGCUGCCUGUGAGGUUUAAUAUUGCUGCUCUCCACGGGUCCAUCUGAGACCAUAGAAGCUGGACACACGAUGGGGGACUCUUCAGGAAAUGCCAUGGAUGGAGGCACGGACACACAAACUGAACUGGCAGAGCGGGUCGCAGCCCUAGAUGUGUCUGUUGUCCCAGACAGAAGUGACCAAAAUGGUGAAGAUAACGGUGAAGAAAAUGACACAGUGUUUUCUGACAAUGUAAAGGACAUCCAAAGAAAUGGAGUCAACACUGGCGUGGGAACCAAUGAACUUCUACCUUCCCCGCAGUCAGAAGAUGCCCAAUUGAGGCACGUUCCCAAGAGACCUCCCACUAGACCUGGUCUAUCAAGUAGGAAGUUGUCUCUUCAGGAAAGAUCAUCAGGAGGUUAUUUGGCUUCUAGCAACACCCCAGGUUGUGGUCCCUAUGCCACAGGACCAUCACCACGUAUAAUGAGGAGACCAACGAUAGAGUCCAAUCGGGUUUCCAUCUCAGAUUCUGAGGACUGUGUGCAAUUAAACCAGUACAAGCUGCAGAGCGAAAUAGGCAAGGGUUCCUACGGCGUUGUGAAACUGGCCUACAACGAGAACGACGACAAGUAUUACGCUAUGAAAGUCCUCUCCAAAAAGAAGCUCUUGAAGCAGUACGGAUUUCCACGUCGGCCUCCUCCCAGAGGGUCCAAAGCAUCCUCUGGAGAGCAGCCCAAGCCCAUGGCACCACUGGACAGAGUCUAUCAGGAAAUAGCCAUCCUAAAGAAGCUGGACCACAUCAACAUUGUUAAGCUGAUAGAGGUCCUUGAUGAUCCUGCAGAGGACAACUUGUACAUGGUGUUUGACCUCAUGAGGAAAGGGCCUGUCAUGGAGGUCCCCAGUGAGCAGCCCUUCAGUGAGGAGCAGGCUCGGCUCUACUUCCGAGACAUCGUCCUGGGCAUCGAGUACUUGCACUACCAGAAGAUCAUCCACCGGGACAUCAAACCUUCCAACUUGCUCUUAGGGGAUGAUGGGCACAUCAAAAUCGCUGAUUUUGGAGUCAGCAAUCAGUUUGAAGGGAAUGAUGCCCAGCUCUCCAGCACGGCAGGGACACCAGCCUUCAUGGCACCCGAGGCCAUCUCACAGACUGGCAAGAGUUUCAGUGGAAAGGCACUUGAUGUCUGGGCCAUGGGGAUCACCCUGUACUGCUUUGUUUAUGGGAAGUGCCCUUUUAUAGAUGAAUACAUUCUGGGUCUUCAUAACAGGAUCAAGACCAAGCCUGUGGAGUUCCCAGAAGAAGCACAGAUAAGUGAUGAACUCAAGGAACUGAUGCUGCACAUGCUCGAUAAAAAUCCAGAAACAAGGAUAACAGUCCCUGAAAUUAAGGUGCACCCUUGGCUGACCAGGGGUGGGGAGGAGCCGCUGCCGCUGGAGGAGGAGCACUGCUCCGUGGUGGAGGUGACCGAGGAGGAGGUGAAGAACUCGGUGAAGACCAUCCCCAGUUUGCCAGCUGUGAUCCUGGUGAAGGCCAUGCUAAGGAAACGCUCCUUUGGAAAUCCCUUCGAGGUCCAGGCGAGGCGGGAGGAGAGAUCCAUGUCUGCCCCAGGGAAUUUGCUGAUCAAACAAGGGAGCAGAGAAGGAGCCAGGGACCCGGAGCUGCCCGACGUGUGUGAAGACGAAGCCACGUCCUGAGGCCGCCCGGCCGGUCACGCACGUGCUGCUGCUGUUGUGCCCAUCGUGGUGUUGUGUAGCACCAUCGCCCUCAUCACCCCCUCUGGGGCCUGCAAAGCAAAAGAAACACCACCAAACAAAAGCCACCAAAACGGGACCCACCCAGAAAACCAGGCAGGAGGAGCAGAGCAGCCAGAAGGAGCAGAGCGAGCCCUCGGGCGAGGUGUCCGUGCCCUCCUCCGCGUGUGCCUUGCUCUCCACUUGUGCUUCACCCCUGGGCUCUGCCCUUGGGUGUCUUGGCUGAGGAAUGUGGGUUUGUUUGUAACGUUUUCUCAGGGGUCCUUCACCCCAGAGGCUUUUUCCUUGCGUUUUUGCGUUCUCUUGUUUCAGGCAUCAGGAGGGAAGACGACGUCGGAGCCAGGCUUUGUGUCAGAGGGCAAAUGUUUUGUUGAAUGCACGAGUAAAGCACCUCUGUGUGUCAGGACACAGUCCUGCUCCUGGUGUGGAGCUGAUGGCAGAAUUUGGGUAUCAGCUAAAUGAGGAUGAGAUCUUGCUUUUAGAGCGAACACUCUCCCUCCCUAUGCCUUUCUUUCUCUUUUUUUCCCCCUUCUCCUCUUGCCCCUCAGUUUUGCACAGUGUCAGUCCCACUUGCUUCAGUCAGGGCAGUGUUGUGAAAUGGAAGUUACGCCAUGCAGUGAGCCUUGGAAUGCCACAGAGCUCUGGAGCAUGGGGAUAUGCUGCUACAUGGAACAGCUCAGUGCACCAGGGACACCUGCUAACCAAGGCUGCUCUUCCCAAAGAGCUGGGAAUGCCCCCUGUGAGCUGCACCCAGUCCUGCACCCAUGGACCUUGUUCUCAAGCUGAAAAGAGCUGCAGGUUUUGGGUUUAUUUUAUUUCAUUCAUUUCCCUCACUCAUCUCCUAGCUUGUGUACCUGAUGCUUUUAAACUUCAAUUUCCUGAAAACCACCCAAACUGGGAGAGCUCCCCAGGAUGGAAAAUGUUGGUGGAGGGUUUUUAGACUAAGGAAAGCUACAGAACACAAGAUCACAACUUGAUCUUUUGAUUUAUUUUUUUAAGGCUUUCAUUUUUAAUUUUAUUUUACGACUGUAAUUUUUAUGCAUGUGCUGAUGCUGCUAUUUUAUCCAUAGAUUGCUUCUAAACUUGGUAUUAGAAGCUUCAUCUCUACAGUUUGACAACAGGUGAGAGAUUGCACUUAAAAAGGAAAUGCAGCCAUUUCCAUGGCUCUUGACUGAAUAGACUUGUGUGGAUAAUCUGGAAUUCCACUCUUGCAUUCAGAGAGUAAAAACCAGUGACAUCAAUUCAUCAAAGUAUAUGUCAUUAUUUUCCCUUGAGCUUGGGGACCUUAUGGGGUCUGAACAUGCCCUUGGGAAGCCAAUGGGAUUGGAAUCUUAUUUUAUAGCACUUAAAUAAAGGAGAGGAUUACAUUUGGUUCCUACACAAGCAUCUUACUGUCUUUUUUUUUUUUUUAGAUUUAAUCCUGAGGACUUUGUUCCUUAAUUUUUUGUGCAAGGAGAUACCUGUACAAGGGUUGUUGGUAGUGACUGGUGUAUACUGGUGUUCCUCUUCUGUUUGCUGUGAUCUAUCUUGGUGGUUCCCAAUGUUUUCAUAGCUGGGCUUUGCUGCCAGUGCCUUCUGCCUGUCCGCAGCCUGUCACCUCCCCUUGCUCAUCCUCAGCCACCUCGGUGGGAUGCCCAGCAGUCACAUCUCACCUGUAAAUAUUGGCAAACUGGGAAAUAAUAUUGCAUCUAAUGGAUUUCACUGAGGAGACCUUUAAUAUUUAAAGCUGGCAAUGAUGUUGGAUCCUGGAAAGGUUACUGCUGUGGGCCUGAGCUCUGCACUGCUGCAUCCAGGUGCUAAACCCUGCCUGUUUGUGUGUCUGCCUGUGCUCAGCAUCCUCCAAGGGACCCUGGUCCUGCACCAGCUGAUCCAUCCCACUGGGACACUGGACCUUUUGCUGGGAUCCUGCUGCCUUGCACUGAAGAUUUAAGUACCCAGAGACAGGGAGUGAAAGUGGAGAUGGGGACUCAGCAGGUCUGAGGGCACAGGGGGCUCUGCACAUGGGAAAGACUGGCCAGGAGGAGGGACAGGCUCUGGAUACAACCUGGGCUGUGCUGGGGUGCCACCAGCACCUGCUGCACACCAGGGGCCAAGCUGGACAAACUGUCUUCCAAUCUGGGGGGGGAAAAAAGGACUUUCUCCAGCUGGUGUCCCCAGGGCAGGGCCAGGGAGUGGCUUUGGGACAAGGUCACAUCUCAGGAAGGCACCUUACCCCUGAGGGAGCACUGAUCAGCCUUAUCCCUGUGCAGUUCUGAGGUCUAAGCAAUGCUUGGGUUGUGCUCAAAGAGCUCUAGGAAUGCAGACAUGGGGUUAGUUCUUGUAUUUUUAAUAUGUGGUAAGAGUAAUUUGCUAAUCCAGGCAGCUGGGGUUAUUUUAUUGAUGCCCAAGGGGUGGGAGCUGGCAGGGCAAGGCUGCAGGAGGGCUGUUCUCAGCCUCAGUUAAUGCAACCAAACAAAUUAUAAUUUACAAAUUAACUCCAUGUCGUGUACCUUUAGUGGCAGCUAAAGCAUCACUUCAGUUUUGGAGGGGAAUGGAUGUUUUUUUAUCAUUAUCCCAAAAUGUACUUUGAAAUAUUUGCCCUUUCAGCUGAAAGAAAUCCUUCCAGAGCUGUUCCCACAGGUCCAGGAAGCAGCCAGAGUUGUACAGCUGAAAACUUGCAUGAAAUGAGAUGAAAAAGGUGCCCUGGCAGCAAGAGAAACACUCAGAGAGGCAAAAAUAGGCUCUACUUCUCACUCAGCUGUAAUGAAAUCCUUGUUUGGGUGUGUGUUAGAGCAGCUUGGAGCACUGCUGGUCCUGCUCUGAAGAAAGGAAGAGGCUGAAGAGAGUGUUUAUUUGAAAAUAAACAACUCUGGCAAGGCAGCACUUUUAGCUGUUGAGGAAAAGGAUCCUCCUUAGCUGGAUGGGUAAAUAUUUGUCUGCUUCUGUCUGUGAUUGAGGGGAUGGGGUUCAGUGUGGGCUCCAAGAAGCGAGAAGAGCUGGUGUGGGCACGUUCUGAUGCUUUUGUGUGUGCUCUGUAUUUUUCCCUUCCAAAUCCUCACUUGCCUGUGCUGUUCCUGGAGCACCAGGAUGGUCUGAACUGUGUUUGCUGUGCUCUGAGUCCCAGGGAAGGCUCUUCUUUCCCCCAGCACAAUAGCACCAUUGACUCUGUCAGCUUUUCCAGCUUGGGAAUGCUGAAGGACUUUGAGGGGAAUUUCUCUUUUGGGGGAAAUACAGGAGGUAGAUUUCUUUGUCUUGCUCAACUAAUGGCUCUAGGCCUUCACUUUGGGGGGUAGUGCUAAGCAAAAAUCCUGGCCUAGUCUCCCCUGUCUGGCAAGGAGGAGUUCUCAGUCCAUGUCUUUAACCCUUUGGGCAGGAAUGUGUUGCCAUGAAGGUCACACUUGCAAGUAAAUGAGGUUUUCAGCAUCAGGGCUGGUGGUGGGAAGGCAAACUUUGUGUCCAGCUGCAUCCAGAGGGAGCCCAGCAGGGGACAGUGGAGCUACCCCACACAAAACAAAUUGUGGCUCGACAAAACAACUCCCAGGAUGGGAUUUAAUUCCUUUUUUAUUGCCAGACUUGCAAGGAGGAGCCAGUGGGGGAAAUUUUGUGUUCCUUCAGCACAGCUCUGUGUCCUGAGGGCAUCAGCAGCUCUGCCACA